CUCGAGCCGCCGUCGAAGCUGGUACAUAUUCACCUCGUCGUGGUCCACGUGUGCCUCUCCGUCGCUUUUUCCUCGCGGGUUUGCGUCUCGCGAUAUCUCAAAGGGGUCUCGAUCGAUCGUGGUCCCCUGUUGGAAGCUCGGCUCGUCUCGCCGAAGAGAGGAAUCGGUUAGCUCGUCGAUCGACCGAGGGACGGGUUCUUCGAUCGAGAAGAUCUUUCUCAUUCUCGGUCAGCGAGCUCUCUCUUUUCGCGAUCUCUCCUCGUUGGAUCCUCUUCUUCGAUUCGUGAUCUUUCGGCGCUGUGGCUCCUCCGACUUCUCUCGUCGCUCCUUCGUAAAAAUCUAUGACCGAAGGUGUCGGACGAUCCUCCGAACGUUGAUCGUCGCCGAUUUUUACGCGUAACCAGAGCGUGUUCUCGCGGUCGCCGUGAAAUCGCUGGAAAUCGUACGACGACCCGCGGGAGGGGGGGAAUGCGCGCAAGAAACGGCCACCGCCUGGAACAAGAUUUCGUAGAUCCACGCAAUCUCCUUUCUUGGCUGCUGUAAAAAGAAAGAAAAAGAAAAAAAAAUAAUUGCACGAUUUACGAAUCGUUCACCGCGGACUAAUACACGCCCGUCGCUUGUCCCUCCGAUCGAAUCUUGAGAUCGAUCGUUACCAUUUAAACUACGCGCUGUUUAAACUGUGUUCCAACGAACGACGAACUCGGCGAAGAGUCUGGAUAAAAGUGAUUACGAAACAGUCUGAAAAAUUCGUUUCAGUUCAAGAUUCAAACAAACUGUUUGUUGAGGCUCCAUUUCGCGGUACCAUUAUCAGAAACUCUUACAUCUUUGCAACGAGUUAAUAAUUAUUUUACUUUAGUGUUUUAUUUAACUGAAAGUUAUUUCUCGGGAAAAUUAUAUUUAACUAAAGACUCUUGUGCCUAAUGUACAGCCAGUGAAUGAACAUAAAUACGUGAUAAAAUCAGAGCGAGUUACAUCGUUUGUACAAGUGUAUGAAUAGCGAUUGUGUCUGUUGAAGAACGUGAUGAAUCACCGUUCUGAAAAUCCAAUGUGUUAGUAAUAUUCGUCUUUGCGAAUAAAUCGGUAAAGGAACUCAAAGAGUGAUGAUAAGUUGAAGUUAAUAAUUGUUAAACUGUUUUAAAAACAAAGCCACUUGUUGAAAAAAGGACAAUAACAAUCGCGAAGCUAUACUUAUCUGUCAGAUCACUGUCACCAGUGCAAUUAUAAAACAAGUUUGCCUGUUAUCAUUGUUAAAGAUUCACGUUCGAGCAGUGUUAUGCUUUGCAAUCGAGCCAAUAUUCGAGUCCAAACAUUGAUUGGAAAGAUAUAUAUUUAGCUUUGAAAUCAUCCCCAUGAACAUGAUUAAAAAAACAAACUCGUCCGUGAGAGGAAUUAGCAUCAUCGAAGGCACAUGUCUCAACAGUGUUUUUCUUUGUAAGGAAUCGAUAAAUGGACUCGUACAGUGACAGUGAAAUUGUAUUCGUUUCUUAAAUCGUCUUUACAAUUUCGAAACUUUUUAGUUUAUUAAAAAGUGUCGCGAAUAAUUAUGAAUAAUGUCAAGUUUCGUAAGAUUCACACAGCGAUCGCAAAGUUUAUAGAUCAUCUUUACAAUUUUGAAAUUUAUCCAGUAACAAAUCAAGUUCAAUCACGAUCUAAUACGAACUAAUAAAUAACAUUCUUUGAAUGUUAUAACAAAUAAUUUUAUAAGCAAAAAAUAAUGUUUCUAUUUUUCUCCGCAAUUAUUUGAUAAAUGAACUUAAAUAGUAUUUUGGAACGGAUAAGUGACCAAGAUUAAAAAUUACUUAAACCACUGUUAUAAGUUCUAUUAUGGAUCUGUUCAAGGACAAACUCUGUCAUAAACAAACCAAAAUAUUAGCUACGAAGUUAAAAAUUCAAAUUUAUUAAAUUAGCAAAGGCUAGCGAAUAUUAUUAUAAAAUUAAAAAUUCUAUCACGUUCAAAAGCCAGCAAACCCCAGGUUGCAAGAAUUAAAAAAAAUAAGUUAGCGUUGUCAAUUUUCUUUUACAUUCAAGAAUCGGCAAAGUCUGCUGUAAACACUUCAGGCGCGUCAAACUGCCACGCCACGUGCCAUCGAAAAAAAAAUCAACAUCAGGAGAAGCAAAGCGUAAGCUAAUCGAGAAGACCGUACCAGAAGAGAAACGCAACGCCGUUUACCAACGUCGAUAUUCUCGAGGCCGAUCAUUUCUCGGAGAUGACAACGUGAUGAUAGAGGCGCGGAGGAACGUGCCGGUGCUUCCUGUGAGCAUGGGGUAGAAAUGUACCCCGGAAGGUCAGCGUGGAAGGUCCGGGGCGUCCUGGCCCUCGGAGUAGGGGCCUUGUUUCUAUUGGGAUGGCGGAUCGACACGGCCGGCGACGCGUUGUCUGCUUCCACGCCGAUCGAUUCGGACAGCAACGAUUUCAGCGUGGCUGUCGCGUCGUCCCGAUCGAACAGUCGGCACAACGGCCACGAGAAAAAAGGAGAACGGCUGAGCGACGGGCCGGGGACCGAGGAGGAAGAUCGACAGGCUUUCAGCCGGGAUUAUUCAGUGGCCGAGGAAGGAACACGGAGCCCGAGCCACGUUUAUCGGAAUGCCGAACUGGACGGGGCACGCGAGGCCGGUUAUUCGGCGGAAAUCUCGUCGGAUCCACGAACAAACGAACGUCCCGCGAGUUAUUCUUCGAGUGGAACGCUGCUUCCGGCAGGAGAUCGCGAAAACGACGCGAAGAAAUCGAAGAGUUCGGUGGCAAGUUCGAUCGAAUUGUGGAAUUUCGAGGGAAGAAGCGACGAUAAAACUGACGAAACUGGAUCCAAGAGUCGCGCGACGGGGCUGAAGGAAACUGCAGAAGCUCGAGCGCGUUACUCGAUCGAUAAAUCGCUUUCGUUUGUAGGGAACUUUGAAAAUAACAAAGAACGUGUAAGCUACUCGACAGAAGGUUCCUUUCCAUUGUGGAUUGUCGAGAAAAACGGCGAUAGAACCGAGAGUUACACGGCGGAACCGGGGAAAAACACAGAGCGUGAAAAGCCACUUUCGUCGUUGAACUUCGAUGAAAAUGAUGUUGCGGAAAAUGAAGCAGCUAAUCGCGUGUCGAUGGACGAUCUCGCAAAAAGCUCGUUUCCUUCGUGGAAUCUGGAAAGGAACGUUGGUAAAAACGACCGAUCGAGAAGUUACUCGGUCCGAAGGUCGCGUCUGUCGUGGAAUUUCGUGAGAAACGACCAGAGGAACGAUGAUCGAAAGCCAGUAACAAGCCUCGACUCGGUGUCAAGUUCGGCUCCGUUAUGGGACGUUGAAAGGAAUCUCGAAAAAAUAUACACGAUACAAGACGAAGACAACGGUGGUUCGAAGACAAAUUACGCGACAAAUAUCGCUUUAACAAACGAUUCCACAGAUAAAUCACUUUCGUUUCGAGAUGUGGAAGAAAAUGCGAGAAACGAGAACAAGAAAACUGAAUCUGUGUAUUUGAUAGAAGAAGAAAAUUCUACAAAAGAUCCAAAUAAUUCGUCAAAUUCGAAAAGUAAUCAAAAUUCAGCUGAUCGUUCGAAAGAAAAGUCUUGGUCGAGUCGCGAGGAAAGUGAUCAUAGAUCGGCAGAUUACUCUGAGGAAAACGUACUUUCCCCAUUAAAUUCAAGGAAGGUCGGCCUGGCAAAAAAUAAGCACGAGUCGAUAGGGAAUUCAAUUACGAUGAAAAACGAGAGUUAUCGGAUGGAAAACCCGCUUCAGCUGUCGGAGCCCCGAGCAGCCGGUAAGACGGAGCUCGUAGAAAAUAACCGCGGAACGAGGAUGGAUCCAAUUACAAAGAAGAGCGAUUUCGCGUCGUUGAAAGAUCCAAAGAGGCGAUCGAAUGACGACGAUGAUGAGGCGAAUUAUACGGCGUUUAGGAGCGGCGAGGCAGUUGGGAGCGGAGGCGAGCAGGAUGAAACUCGAUUUUCGAAGGAUGACUCGGAGACCGGCGACGCGUUGAAUGGCUCGGCGGUUGGUGAAAGGAGCGACGUUGAAGCGAAUUUGUCGCGCCGAGUGAAUGGGCAAUCGAUGAAUGAAGUCGGGAAGAGUUUGGGGCGAAGUUACUACUCGGAUACGGGCAACAGCCUCUCGCUAACCUUGCGCGGGCAAGAAAACGAUGACGAAACCGAGGGAUCGGCGAAAAUGGAAAUCGCUAGCUUCUCGCAAUAUUCACGCUCCACGGAGAACGAGCUGAGCCGCGUUAAGUCCGACGUCGAGAACUUGACGGAACCUCCGUCGAACGACAAGAGCGAAAUUCUUUUUAAAACUACAAAUAACAGAGAUCCUCGUCACCGAAAUGACGGAUCAGUCUCGAUGGAACCUGAAUUCGAUCGGAGGAUCGAAGGGAAGGUAAACGUCGGAUCCUCGAAGAGGAUUCUCGGUGAUUUCCAUAAUUCCGAUCAGCUAUACGACUGGGAGGAAGCAGACAGGCAGGAAGAAUAUAAACGAGACGAGGAAUCGAUCUCGGGAACGCAGCCCGUUCUUGCCGGAAUGCUUUUUUUUCGUAAGGCUCACGGACCGAUUCGAUCUUCCGCAAAGACGGUCGAGCUGUUCAGAAGCGGCAGAGGUCGGGCAACGGAUCGGUAUCGCGGGAACAUUCUUGAAAGAGGGACGAGAUCUCGCGAUCGAUCGCCUCGGGCCAUCGAUCCUUCCGUUGAUUUUCGUAAGGUCGACACUGCUCAAGGUCACGCCGAGACGUCCGGUGGACUCGAAAUAACGGACUCACGAAAUCGACUCGACGCGAGUGCUCGCGAAACCGAUCCCGCUUCUUCUUUGCUUCGUGGAAACGAGAAAUUGUUUGACGAAGAGACAACGAAGGUUGUCGAUGAGUUGAACGAGAUGCAAGAGUCGGGGAAUACCUUCGAUGAAUUGAAUUUAUACGAUGGGUUUGCAGAUAUUCGAACAAAAUUGGACCUGGGAGGUGAGAUGUUGCUCGACACGAAUAACGUGCAAGAAACAAAUAAGAAUAUCGUGAAGUUGUCUGCGUUCUUAAGUGAAGCGUUUAAAAAUCGAGAAGUGAACAAAAAAUUGAAUUCGCGCGAUGAGUUUCGGAAUGUUGGAAAAUUUUCGUCCAAAGUGGAUUCGGUUAAUGAGAGAUCGUACAGUUUCUUGGAAAUAAGAAAAUUUGGGAACGACGAAAAAUUCGAGACUAAACCGCAAAGUGUAAAAUCACCUGAUUCUUCGCUUGCGAUGCGAAAUUUGAAAGAUGGGCCUAAUGAACUGAAUUCGCGUAUUAAUAAAUUUGUAAAGAAAUCGAAAGACCAUUUAAAGGAUUUAUUUUUGUCGUUCUUUCGAAAGGCUGAUGUCGAUCGUGAGAAACAAUCGGGUAUUCGUCGAAAGAGGUAUACGAAUUACUAUUCGCCACAGUCCGUCACCCCUAUGGCAUACGUGCACAUCCAACCGGCGUAUCCGGUACCGGCGGUACCACCUCCAAACCGGAAGUGUGUAAAGUGCAUGGUUGUUUAUAAGCCUUGCGCUUCGUCUCCUAGACAAUCGCAAUUUAAUGUUCUUCCAACGUACAAGGAAUUGGCUUCAAAAUGGCGCGGACUUAAAUACGCUCCAGGACAAUGGCCACGCGAUACACAAUGGUCGUGAUCGAAGGCAGGAGAGAGCAAGGGACUAGAGCUAGAAGGUUAACGGUAUCCGCGUGCCUCGCGGAUCCCUACCUUCCUUUCUGCCAUUGCGAAGGGCUGAUAUUUUAUCGUCGCGCGCCUAUUCAAAGUUGUACUCUUUGUUCGAUAUCAAAUUAUGGUUGAGUUAUGCCUCGGAGACACAGAGCUGUUGUACUUUUCGCUCAAUCCCUUUGUGCCGGGUUUCAUUGAUGUUACGAUCUUUUGUCGCGAUGCGGCAAUAAGUUCCCUGGGUUUUUUUGAAAGUGUCUGUCAAGUUUUCGUACUUUGUGAAAAGUGUAAAUAAUAUUUUGUUUGGACUUUGAAGUUUCGUCGUUCUGUCCAUUUUGUCGUUGAUUUCAUCUGGUUUUCAAAUGUGAAAAUUUGAAGAACUUUUUUUUUAAAUUAUGAGUGAAAUUUUCAAAACGUUGACUGUCACGCAUGAAAUAGCUUUUCAAAUACUUCUUAAUUAAAAAUUCAGUUUUUAGAGUUUUAGAGUUCCUUUAACGAAGAAAUAACUCUAAAAUAAUUUUAUAUCGGU